ACUCAGCCCGCACGGUCACUCUGAUCAAUUUGUUUACGCCGUAUAGCGCACGAAUUGCAGUUGGGCCAACAACAAGGCGCGAGCAUAAACAGCGAUACCAACAUGGCCGGCUUCGUCGCGGUGCACACAGGGGCUGGGAACUGCAUCGACGAGACGAAGUACCAGCGGGUGAUCAAGGAGGCUUGCCUGCGCGCCACAGAGAUCCUCCGCAACGGUGGCUCCGCCGUCGAUGCCUGCGAGGCGGCUAUUGUGCGGCUGGAAAACUGCGGCUACACAAACGCCGGCUACGGAUCAAAUCUUUGCAUGGACGGCUCUGUGCAGUGCGAUGCGGCUAUAAUGGAUGGAUCCACGCUUAACUUUGGGGCCUGCACGAACGUUAGCCGGGUGAAGAACCCCAUACAGUUGGCGAGACGCAUCUGCGAUGCCCAGUCCAGUCCACAGCUCCUGGAGCGCAUUCCACCAAUGAUCCUCGCCGGCACUGGAGCGGAACACUAUGCCGACGAGGUGGGUUGCUCCAUGGUGGAGCCGGGCGUAUUGAUCUCAUCGAAGGCCAAGUUCCAGUUUAAUCACUACAAAAGCAAGUACGACCUCGUGGUCAACAGAUUGAGCAAGGCUACGUCCGAGGAACCCGUCACAGUGCCGGAACCGGGUAACGAGGUGGAACUUGCCGCUGCCUUGGACACAGUGGGUGCGGUAUGUGUUGAUGGGGCAGGGAACACGGCAGCUGGCUGUAGCUCCGGUGGCAUACUCCUCAAAGUUCCAGGCAGAGUGGGCCAGGCGGCUACUUAUGGUGCCGGCUGUUGGGCCACCGAUACGGAUGAACUGGCCAUAGCCACCUGCACAACCGGAAACGGUGAGUACCUGAUGAAAACACUGCUGGCCAGAGAGAUCUGCCAUGGGGCCUUUAGCAGUGAUUGUGCGGUGACCAGUCUGCAUAAGACGUUCAAGCAAAAGUUCCUGGAUUCCCCGCUGCUCCCCCGACAGCAGGAUCUGUACGCUGGAGCUCUAACCCUGCUCUAUUAUCCGGGCCAGAGCAGCGGCGAGGUGAUGUGGAGCCACACGACACAGUCGUUUUGUGUCGGCUACAUGGCAACCAACCAGAGGGUGCCAAAGUUUGUGCAUUCGCCGCUGCCCACGUACAGCGUCCCGGGACGAUCGUGCGUCGUCAAUGGCCAUAAUUUCCAUUUGCGCAUUUAAAUGUGGGCUGGCCAACUAGCCGCAGCCCCCAGCACCUUCCCGUAGCUCCUGGUCCCGCAGCUCUGCAUCUGCAAUUCAUUUGAUUUAAUGUUUAAUUGCCGCGACAAUCGCUGCCAAUGACAUAUGGCAGCAGAAGGAGCCGGAGGAGCCGGGGCAGCAUUAUAUGUAUAUGCUUCAUUCUCUCGGCGAAAUAUUAAGAUAAUUAAGCAAAAACUUUUAUUGUAAAUUCUCGUAGAUCGUAUGUGUGCAGUACUGGUAGCAAUGAAAUAGGAUUUCGAAUAUAUUGUAUCCCUCGUCGAACCGGGUGCGCUAGAUAAAUCAGCCGGCGGCAUGCGAGUCUGUUCGGAAUAUCAUAUUCGAGGGGGCAUAUGUUUGUAUCCGUUUGUAUAUUUAGACGCGCUGACUUGUGUGCGCAUCUGUGUGUUUAUGUCCAAGUGUUUACGGCCAUCAAUGUACAGAACUUAACCCAUUAAUUUCAGCUAAGCAGAAGCCACAGCAUGCACACACAAUAUCAAGGUCUUUAGUAUCGCGAGUUGUCCUCAACAUGAAUAUUGUGAAAAUGCUUUUACUUUUUAGCGUAAAUCGAUUUGUACAUACAUACAUACACAUAUGACGCGAGCUGUUCUAAACGAAACAUUCAUACGUAUUCAUUUCUCCGUUUAUGUGGUUCCAGCUAAUAAUCCUAUGGUAUUUCAUGGCACAUAGAAUGCUAGACAUCUCGAGGCUUUUUCAAAAAGUGAGUUCCAUUAGACGAUGAAUAAUACUGCCUAAGAUCGUGUCCUUCAUUUUAGUCAUAGUUAAAGCCAUUAGAUCCCAAUAACGAUGAAUCACCAAUAACAAAUUUCAAAUGUAACGUAUUUAUUAUUUCGGACUUAUUAAAUGCCUAUCAAAGAUUGUUUACAAAUCUAA